UUGAGGGAAUCUACCAUAUGAUUUUUUUUCCCACUUUACUAUGUUAAAAAGAGUUAUAUAAAUCACAUUAGUAUAAAUUACAAAAAAAAAAAAAAAAAUUUUAAUACAUAUAUCAACUAAUUCAACUCUCAAUCUUCUCCCAAAAAAAAAAAAAAAAAGUAAUUUUAAUUUUAACGUACUUCUUAUCCAAAUUACCUGUCUCUUCUCUAUCAUCACAGUCCACUAAUUACCUCAAACACACAAUUUUUUCACUCUAUAUAAACCCACAAUUUUCCCUAACGUAUACACCUAACUUCCUCUCAUUCUCCUCUGUUUCCCCUCUAUUUCUUCUCCUCUGUUUUAUUUUUUCCUCUGUUUUCACAAACUCCAAAUCCAGAAACCAACACAACAAUGGAGGACGGAAAUUACGAUCAUACCCAUCACCACAAUGUGAACUUUGCUCAACCAAGAAAAUUUAAAGAAAAAUUAAAAUCCAGUCUUGCUGAAACAUUUUUUCCCGACGAUCCUUUUAGAGGAUAUAGCAAUGACCCUCCAAAACAGAGAUUAAUUAAGGGAAUUAAGUAUUUUGUUCCGAUUUUCGAGUGGCUUCCGAGUUAUAAUUUUAGCCUUUUUAGGUAUGAUGUUCUUGCUGGUCUUACCAUUGCUAGUCUUGCUAUUCCUCAAGGUAUCAGUUAUGCUAAUCUUACCAAAAUUCCUCCCGUCAUUGGCCUCUAUUCAAGUUUUGUGCCACCAUUUAUAUAUGCUGUAUUUGGGAGUUCAAAGAAUUUGGCCGUGGGAACGGUGGCGGCUUGCUCCUUACUCAUAGCAAACACUAUUGGAGAGACGGUUUCGCCAACGGACAACCCGUCUUUGUAUCUCAGCUUGGUGUUCACUGCUACUUUCUUUUGUGGAAUCAUUGAAACUGCUUUGGGUCUAUUAAGAUUAGGAAUUCUGGUGGAUUUCCUAUCACAUUCAACGAUUACUGGGUUUAUGGGAGGAACAGCAGUGAUAAUUAUUCUGCAACAGUUAAAGGGAUUUUUGGGGUUGACACAUUUUACUGCUAAGACUGAUAUUAUCUCAGUAACGAAAACCUUGCUCAGCCACAAAAAUGAGUGGCAUUGGCAGAGUGCACUUAUUGGUAUAAUCUUCCUUGUUUUCCUACAGUUCACUAGAUACGUGAAAACCAAAAGACCAAAGCUAUUUUGGAUUUCAGCCAUGGCUCCUCUGGUGGUUGUCAUAGUCGGCGGCCUUUUCGCCUACCUUGCCCAUGCCGAAAAAUUUGGUGUCCAAAUAGUUGGUCAUUUGAAUAGAGGGAUCAAUCCAUCCUCCAUUAAACAAUUGAACUUUGAUCCCAAGUACAUUGCUACACCUAUUAAAGCUGGAAUACUUACAGCUAUUCUCGGUCUUGCUGAAGGAAUUGCCAUUGGAAGAAGUUUCGCGAUAAUGAAGAAUCAACAGACUGAUGGUAACAAAGAGAUGAUCGCGUUUGGUCUUAUGAACAUUGUUGGCUCAUUUACUUCUUGUUACUUGACUACAGGGCCAUUUUCGAAGACUGCUGUAAACUUCAAUGCAGGAUGCAGAACACAAAUGUCCAAUGUGGUGAUGGCGAUAAUUAUGAUGAUGACAUUGUUGUUCUUGGCACCUUUGUUUAGUUACACUCCUAUGGUUGCUCUUUCUGCAAUCAUCAUGUCUGCCAUGUUCGGUCUAAUCGAGUAUGACAAGGCGUUCCACCUCUAUAAAGUUGAUAAAUUUGACUUCUGUAUUUGCAUGGUUGCCUUCUUUGGAGUCACCUUCCUCAGUAUGGAUAUUGGCCUUGGGAUGUCGAUUGGAUUGGGAAUUAUAAGGGCACUACUAUACACAGCAAGGCCAGCAACCUGUAAGUUAGGGAACCUUCCUAACACAAAUCUGUAUCGCGACAUAGAGCAAUACCCUACAGCACAAGGGACUGCAGGAGUCCUGAUUCUUCAACUAGGCUCCCCGAUUUUAUACUCAAACAGCACAUAUGUUCGAGAAAGAGUUCUAAGGUGGAUUAGAGAUGAGGAAUUGAACAAGGAUUAUCAAGGGGAUUCCGUUGAGCACCUUAUUUUGGAAUUAGGAGGAGUGACAACUAUAGACAUGACCGGAAUUGAGGCUUUGUACGAAUUGAAAAGACUCCUAGGAGCAAAAGAAAUCAAGAUGAUACUGGUUAAUCCAAGGAUUGAAGUAAUGGAGAAGUUGAUAGCUUCAAAGUUCAUUGAUGUAAUUGGCAAAGAAUCUGUAUUUUUGUCAAUUGAUGAUGCAGUUGAGGCUUGUAGAUUUAGAUUGGGCGGCCCAAGUAAAUUGAAUGGGGCAGAACAAGCAUGAAGCUCCACAUUUUUGUGUUGUAAAGAAGGGAUAAAUUUGCAAUGCUAUUGCAAUUGCCAUGUAAUAUUUUAAAUGGGCUUUUAAAAUUUUGUAACAAUUGUGGGCCCAAGUAUACUUUGAGGCUGAAUGGGUGCAAAAUGUUCUCCUACUUCUAAAAGAAGAGGAACAAAGAGAGGUGGAGGGGUGGGGAAGAUGUGCUAAUGCAUGUAGUAUUUUAGAAGGUAUAUUGAGGUUUUCAUUCUUUGUGGUGCUUUAAAUUUGUAUAAAUGAUGUUGUAUGGUUGUCGAAAUCUAUAAUGAAAGCCAUAUUAAUAGGCGUUUGCCUAGUUUUGCAAUAGAA